AUGUGUCAGAAACGUCAUCAUACGUGGAUCCAUCCUGGCUACGCAGAUUCUUCUCCAAGUAGCAACGUGGUUCAGUGCUCUACUAGUGAGCCACAAUUUUCCACUCAAGCAAACGUCACCGUGGCCAACAUCGAUUCAUCCACCAUGGAUUCAUGUACCUCUGCGUACGUCAACGAAGUUCAAGCAGUGUCGUCUCAGAUCUCUCGAAACAGCAACAUCUUCAUGCUCACCGUAGUGUUGGUCAUCGUAGACGUCCACGGGCAAGAACACCUAGCAAGGGCCUUGCUAGACAGUGCUUCCCAACCCAAUCUAAUGACGGAUCGUAUGGCACAAAUGCUGAUGCUCAAGCGGAAGAAGGUGAAUGUACAGCUGCAAGGACCUGGGGGAAUUUCGAUUCGCGCAUCAGAUUCUGUCUCCACUCAAAUUCGUUCUCGCAAGGAGGAUUUCACACGCGACAUUGAAUUUCUCGUUCUGCCUCGAGUGACGUCCGCCAUGCCUGAGCAAGACGUCCCAAUCGUCGACUGGAAAAUCCCGAAGGACCUGUUCUUGGCCGAUCCCAACUUCAACAAGCGUGCUGACAUCGACAUGAUCAUCGGUCUUCAACACUUUUUCUCCUGCUUCACAACAACGGCUCGUAUCCAAUUAGCGAAAGAUUUGCCCGAACUGGUCGACAGCGUAUUCGGAUGGAUCGUUGCCGGCUCUGGUCAUCUCAUUCCAACAUCUCCCGAUUCCGCCACUUGCAACUUCACUGCAGUUUGCCUGGUCACACUCGAAGAGAGUUUGGAACGCUUUUGGAAGCUAGAAGAAUUACCUCACAGUUCUGACUAUUCUGAAAAGGAGAGGAAAUGCGAAGAAUGGUAUAAGUCAACAGUCUCACGUGAUUCUUCUGGUCGCUAUCAAGUUCGUCUGCCCCGUCAUCCGGAAUUCAACACCAUGAUAGGGGAAUCCAAAGCUGUUGCCAUUCGAAGAUUCAGGGCUACUGAAGCAAGAUUAGAACGAGAACCCGAUCUUAAGAAGGAGUAUCAUAAGUUCAUGGAAGAGUACUUGUCCCUUGGUCAUAUGCGAUUAGUUCCCGAAGAUGAAAUCGACGACAAAAACUCGUACUACCUUCCUCACCAUCCAAUAGUGAAGGAAUCCAGCACCACUACGAAGGUACGUGUCGUCUUCGACGGAUCUGCAAAAACAUCAACCGGAUUCUCGUUGAACGACGCCCUGCUCGUUGGACCCGUUGUUCAGGAUGAGCUGCUAGCGAUUAUUCUACGUUUUAUGACGUUUGCAGUUGCAAUUGUGGCGGACGUGGAAAAAAUGUAUCGUCAAAUCCUGUUGCAUCUACUGGAUUGCCCGUUCCAGUGCAUAUUCUGGCGCUUUUCGAAAUCCCAACCAAUCCAAGUGUACCAGCUACUAACGGUCACAUACGGGCUCGCUCCUUCUUCCUUCCUAGCCACUCGAACCCUUCUGCAACUAGCAGAAGAUGAAGGUCCAGCAUAUCCACUCGCUCUACCAGUUCUCCGCAAAGGUUUCUAUGUCGAUGAUUGCGUUGCGGGUGCUCAAACCAUCGAAGAAGCCAUCAAGCUGCGAAAGGAACUAGACGAUCUUCUCAGGAAAGGUGGUUUCAUUUUACGAAAGUGGGCUUCGAAUAAGCUAGAGGUGCUCCAAGGACUAAGCCAAGAUCAAAUCGGGACACAAUCCAUCGUAAGCUUCACUCCUCAAGAAAGUCUGAAAACGUUGGGUAUCGUAUGGGAACCUGAAGCUGACAAGCUGCGAUUUGACUCGAAGGUCACUCAUCCGGACAAGCCUGCUACCAAAAGGUCCAUGUUAUCAUCAAUCUCCCAGCUUUUCGAUCCACUAGGGCUUGCUGCACCGAUCGUCGUCCGAGGAAAAAUGCUGAUGCAAGAACUAUGGCUCCUUAACUGCAGCUGGGACCAGCCUGUACCGGACGUUCUUCAAUUCAAGUGGGGGGAGUACUUCAGUUCGUUGGAAAAGCUCACUGAAUUUCGAGUCGAUCGCUAUGCAUUGUUGCCACACGCCAAAGUACAACUCCAUACGUUCACCGAUGCAUCGGAAGCUGCAUAUGGGGCCUGCAUCUACGCUCGUUCUGUUGACUCUUCUGGUAACGUCCGUGUUCGACUCAUCGCAUCGAAAACUCGAGUUGCUCCGUUAAAACGUAUCACUCUACCUCGCUUGGAGCUAUGUGGGGCUCUCGUCGGUGCUCAGUUGUACGCCUAUGUCAGCAAAGCUCUUCAAAUCGAAAUCUCGGAUUCUUUCUUCUGGUGCGACUCAACUGUCACGCUACAUUGGUUGCGAUCACCUCCAAACAACUGGAAAACGUUCAUUGCCAAUAGGGUCUCGGAAAUUCAAACUCUAACGCAUGGAUUUCAAUGGAAUCAUGUCGCCGGUUCGGAGAAUCCAGCGGAUUUGCUGUCACGAGGAAUGGACGUCGACAAUUUCGUUGUAAGCAGUUUCUGGAUGCACGGUCCAGAAUGGCUAUUCAAAGCGAAAGAAGAUUGGAUCAACUCAGCACUACCCCCAGCACCUGAACACGAAAUGGAACAUCUCAAGGUGGUGGCGACCAUUACACGUACAGCACAGCAAAUCAACGGAGUAUUUGACCGCUACUCUGCAUUCUACAGACUCAGGCGCAUAACUGCAUAUUGCCUCCGGUUCAUCGAGAAUAUUCGGCAUAAAGCGCGCACCCAGCCAUUGGUAUCUACUGGUCAUCUACCUAGUCCAACGCUCACCACUGCUCAAAUAUCCUCGGCUGAAGAUCUUUUGGUUCGUCUUGCUCAGGCAGAUGCGUUUCGUGCAGAGUUGAAAGAUCUACAAAAGGGAAAGAUGAUUUCCAAACAUUCGCCAAUCUGUGUACUUAACCCCUUCCUAGACGCACAAGGCACGUUAAGAGUAGGGGGUAGGUUGAGAUUGUCAGACCAGCCAUUCAGAACGAAGCACCCAGCCCUAUUGCCCAGUUCCCAUCCCUUUACCCGCAUGCUCAUACGUACCCACCACGUUAACCUGUUGCAUGGUGGUGGCCAGCUCACACUUGCCCGAAUUCGUGAGAAAUAUUGGCCACUGCAUGGAAGGAGAACCGUACGCAGCGUCCUACGUCAGUGCAUUCGAUGCGCGAGAGUCGAUCCCGUCCAAACCCAGCAGCAGAUCGGCCAACUGCCUGUGCCUCGAAUCACUCCAAGCAGACCAUUCACCGUUACCGGAAUCGAUUAUGCUGGGCCCGUUUACCUUCGAGCACCACACAAGCGAGCACCCUCACCGAAAGCGUACAUCUGCGUCUUCAUAUGCUUUUCUACGAAAGCGGUACACCUCGAACUAGUCUCGGACCUAACAACGGCGGCAUUUAUGGCAACGUUGCGCAGAUUCAUCGCGCGCCGCGGUUUCCCAGCGCAUAUCCACUCCGACAAUGGAAAAAACUUCGAGGGAGCCAAAAAUGAGCUACUUGCUCUCUACAAGUUCCUACGUAGCAAGAAGGAAAUGAAUGUCAUCGAAUCUGUCCUGGCUAACAACAGCAUUACUUGGCACAUGACACCACCGAAAGCACCUCACUUCGGCGGUUUAUGGGAGGCCGCAGUUAAAGUCGCUAAAAAGCAGCUGUAUCGGCAACUAGGAAAUUCUCGCCUCCAAUUCGAAGCCAUGUCAACGGUGCUCACACAAAUCGAGGCCAGCAUGAACUCUCGUCCACUUGUUCCACUAUCGGAGGAUCCUGAAGACCUUACUGCACUGACACCCGGCCACUUUUUGAUCGGUGCACCUAUGCAAUCCCUGCCUGACCACGACGUGCGUUGCAUCCCUACCGAUCGCUUGAGCCAUUAUCAACAGCUGCAGCAGCUGCAUCAAAACUUCUGGCACCGUUGGCGUACUGAAUACCUACAUGAACUACAAAAGAGCCAGAAUAACUUUCGUGCGAACAGCGAAAUCAAGCCUGGACGUCUCGUGAUCUUAGUGGACGAAAUGCAGCCUCCACUGAAAUGGCCCCUCGCUCGAAUCGUGGAUAUCCAUCCGGGAGAGGACGGUUUGAUUCGAGUCGUGACUCUGAAAACAAACAAGGGAAUUGUAAAACGACCCAUCGUCAAAAUUUGCAUGCUGCCACAGGAGGAAACCGACGAAAACACUUCGUUGCUGGAGCCAUCCGCAGGAGAUUCUUCACUACAAUCUGUUCCCACCGUUGGUCCUCUGAUUACGGAUACGUAA